UUUACCUAGCAAGUGCUCUUCUAUUUCCCCUCAUAAGUGAAUGAAACAGUUUCUGUUUAAAGUUCAAGAUGGUAAAACUUGUAAAGAGUUGCCUGCGAUUAUCCCUCAAGUUCACAAACAUAACAAUAGGAUUUAUGGGCAUUGCAAUGCUUAUUUAUGGUGUAUGGAUGAUUAGAGUUUGGCAGCGCGAUGCAGCCAACUCACCUUCAUCCCCUGAUUAUGCUCAAUUUCCUUGGUUUAUCCAUGCAUUUCUUGGUGUUGGCACUGCUUUGUGUGCAAUCACUUUCCUUGGUCAUGUUGCAGCAAACUCUUCCAACUCCUAUUGCCUCUCAUUUUAUAUGUUCAUCAUAUUUGUUCUUCUUUUAGCAGAGAUUGCAAUUACAGCUGAUGUUUUCUUGAACUCUGAUUGGGAGAAGGAUUUACCAGAAGAUCCAUCAGGAAGGUUUGAUGAUUUCAAAGAUUUUGUGGACUCGAAUAGCGAUAUCUGCCAAUGGAUUGCCCUGCUCUGUGUUGUAACACAGGGGUGUUGUAUCUUAUUGGCUACAAUUCUAAGAACUCUUGGGCAAGUUAAGGAAAAUAGUCAUGAGUAUGAAGGUGAAUAUGCAGAACCAUCAGCUCCACUUCUUCGCCCUCCGGAACUGCCACCAAAUCCUCUGUAUCCAUAUGUUAUUGGUGAACCAGUUCAUAUUGAACCACAUUCUGUCUACAAGAAUGUUUGAGUUUUGGAAGACAAAAGUUUUUGCAGAAAGCUGAAGUGAAUGAAGUUUUCCUUUAAGGAAAGAAAAAGGUUGUUGAGGCAGUAUUAAGUAAGCACAACUGAAAUAUUGAACUUGAAUUUUGGUGAUUGGGACUAAGGAUAUACUGCUUAGGCAGUAUUGGUUAUGCUAUGUAGCAUCUCCAAUUGCUUAAGAAUGAGUUUUUAUUAGAAACAGAUGAGACCAUAUUUGUAUAUUUAAAAUAGUAGUAUUGUUUUGCAACUUUUAUGUUUUA